AUGGGAGACGCAAGGAAGACGUGGGAGCUGGACAACGCAGUCAACCUCACAGACGCCACGCGCGACCAACCCUACGCCUACUCGGUCGAACAGCAAAAAGACAUCAACAACAAGAAGCCAUGGCGCUCCGACCCAAACCACUUCAAGCACGUUCAGGUCUCCUCGGUCGCUCUGACCAAAAUGGUCAUGCACGCCCGCUCAGGCGGCAGCAUUGAAGUCAUGGGCCUGAUGAUCGGCUACGUCCUCCACGAAACCUUUGUCGUCACAGAUGCCUUGCGCCUGCCCGUCGAGGGCACAGAAACCAGAGUCAAUGCUCAAGACGAAGCAAACGAAUACAUGGUCAAAUAUCUCGAUCGCUCGCGCCAAGCUGGUCAACUUGAGAAUGCCGUGGGCUGGUAUCACAGUCAUCCUGGCUAUGGCUGCUGGCUCAGCGGCAUCGACGUCUCCACGCAAUUUACCCAGCAAACCUUCUCUGAUCCUUUCGUCGCUGUCGUCAUCGACCCCGAUCGCACAGUCAGCUCUGGCAAAGUCGAGAUUGGCGCCUUCAGAACAUAUCCCGAGGGCCACAUUCCCGCUGGCUCAGAGUCUGCCGGCGAAGGCAUGGCUGCCGUUCCUCUGGCCAAAGCCGCAGACUUUGGCGCUCACGCAAACAAGUACUACUCACUCGAAGUCACGCACUUCAAGUCAUCCCUCGACAACACGUUGCUGGAAGCUCUCUGGAACAAGUACUGGGUGCAAACUUUGUCAUCAUCGCCUCUGUCUACCAACCGCGAGUACGGCACCAAGCAGAUCGAAGACCUGGCGGGCAAGAUCAACCAAGUCACCCAGAAUGCCAAACACAGGGGUUCCAUGUCCGUACGUCCGGGCGCCAAGGGAGACGCUGCUAUGGACAAGGUAGUCCUUGCCGCCGACAAGAUUGCCAAUGAGGAAAAGACUGGUUUGCUGGCUGCUCAGGUCAAGGAGAAGGUCUUUUCAGCUGCUCCACAGAGUGCCGGAGAUGGCAAUGGACUGGAGGUCAAGAUGCAGGAGGCCAUGGAAGAAUAG